CUUGAUUGUGUGCCAGUUGGAUGGCGAGAGUCCUGAUGACUAAGCACAUUGAACUCUGUCUGUAGCCAACGUCGAUGGACUCGGACCCGCUUCGCGAUGAGGAGGCAGGCGUCCCUCCGCAACAACCGCGACGGCGCUCGUUCUCAUCCGCCAUUGUUCUCAUGGUAAUGCUCUUCUUGUUCACCAGCCACAAUGGCGACGAAUUUCUCGCAAGACACCAGUACCAGAACGCGCUACAAUCACUGACGUAUCAGCUUUCCAACUUUACUGCCUGGAUGAAUGGGACGGAGACCAAUUUCUCUGUGCCAGAUCGAGAGCCGUCUGUCACUUCUCUAUUGCAUGAAUUCAUCCCGGUGCAUCUGCCUCUGGACCCUCUAUACUCCUCAUACUACUCCAAUGUCACUGGAUUUAUUCGGGGAAGCUCGGCGUUUUUCAACAUCACGCCCUCUUUCUUGUCCACAGUUUCCUACCCUUGGAGGAAUGCCGCAGAGUCUUUCAUGGCCGAGGUAAACGAAACAGAGGUCCUUGAAAGAGCUGGGACGUGGAACUGGACCGCCUCCCGGAGAAUUGCCCUCAGCGUUUCGGAGAAGAAGCAUUCACAAACGUCGGCAAUAUCUGAGGACCUCGUUUUGAUUAAUGGCCGGAUAGAAUUGACAGACGAAAAUUCGAAGGAGGACUUGAAGUUUGAUUUCGAAGGAGUGCACUUCAUGCCCAAUGGCUCAAUAUACGGGUUUGCGGAACCAUCGGGGAGAAAUAUAGACAUCAGGCUUUUGCCUUCCCUUGUGCCAGAAGAUCGGAAAAACCAGACGGCACACUUUGUGGAACCUGAGCUUGCAUCAAAACUGAAAAAACUUAAGAAUAUGAUUGACGCAGGCGUCAUCGAGCAUGAACCGACGCCUCAAGAUGAAACUUCGACGUGUCCAUUCGCUCUAUAUGCGCAGAUAGACCCAGUUAGUAUCUCAGAACAUGACAUGCAACAACUGGAGGAAGAAAUGCAGCACCCAAAGGGUCUCCCCACCGUAUCUCCCCCAAAACUUUCUGUGUCAGGCAUCUUUAUCAGCAAGGAAUGCGGUAUCAUGUUUGAAAUCCGGGAAACCGAGGGACUGAGGUCUCGCACGUUCUUUCGCAAGGUUACGACAUAUGCAGGAAGCGCAACAGUGAUCUAUUUUAUACUUCUUUUUGUCCUAGCGCGGCAAAUGGAGCGGAGUCGUACCCCUUCCGGGAUAUCGCGAGUGUCCCGGUGGACGUUCUUCACACAAUCCACUAUCGAUUCAGUUUCUUUCGCUGGUCAUAUCACUUUUGCUAUUAUAGCAGAAGGCCGGCCAUCUCUCUCUCUUACAGCACCGGCUUUUUUGGCUUGUACCAUGUUUGUUUACGAGGCGCAAUUUUCUGUUCUUAUACACCAAAUUCAGAUGCCCGAAGACACCGUUGAAUCUGCGCCUGCCCCAACUACCGCUACUAUGCCAGAGCGUACUAAUAAUAUUCCACCACCCGCGGCGACUCCUGCGAACCCGGCGGCGACGACGACAGCAGCCCCUAAUCUAUCCUUUUGGGCAUUUGCCAUCCAACAUCUGAGGUCCGACCCAGGUGCCAGACUUUGGAUCACAAUGUUCAUUUUUCUAACGUUCAUCGUUCGAGUUAUCCUAUCGCCCACGCUAUCCCUUAUGUUCGUUGCUCUCACGUACUCGUCUAUCUGGCUGCCUCAGAUUAUUCGCUCCAUCCGCCGGGGUCGCUCAAGUGGAUUUUCGAAAGAAUACGUAAUAACUACGACAGUCUGUAGGCUUUACCUUGCAAUGUAUUUCCUUGCUUGUCCAAAAAAUGUUCUGGACGUUGAUCCUCGCUCUUGGUCAUACUACCUCGCUGCUUUUGUAUGCCUCCAGGCCCUCAUAGUCGUCCUUCAAGACGAACUCGGCCCAGCUUUCUUCCUUCCCGCAAAGUAUGCCAUUGUGAAGACCUACGAUUAUCACCCAGUACUACCGCUUCCCGAUCCUGAGGCGCCGGAACAAUCGCUCGGAGAUUGUGUAAUCUGUCUGGAUGCUAUCCUAAUAGAGUCGCCUUUGUCACGGAAGAGAAGGUCGACUGAUGAGAAGCAUGAUGACUGGGAUACCCGGAGCACAGCAAGCAAACGGAAAAUAGCGAAAGGCAUUGAUCCAAGCGGGAUUCUAAACGCUGUCCAAGCUGGCGUUGGAAACGCUGUUGCGAGGAAAAACUACAGUCUUGCGCCAUGCCAUCAUCUUUUCCACACUGAAUGUCUUGAGAAGUGGCUUGCUAUCAAGAACAUCUGUCCGCAAUGUCGUCGACCUCUUCCACCUCUAUAGUAGAUCCUGGAUAUAUUUAUUUGAUGUUGGAAUUGGAUUAACACACUGUAUAUCUAUCGCAUGUAACUAAUCUGUAUCUCAAAUUUAUUCCUUAGUCUGGAG